AUGGUGGGAGCAACACGGCUUCGUGCUGUAUACAGCUUGACAGAUGCCACCCCUGCCCGGACAAUUUGGGUGUACCGUAAUGGUGAUCCAUACUAUUUGGGAAGGAAGUUUGUGAUCAAUCACCGAUAUGUGCCCAACUUCGAAGCCCUCAUGAUACAGCUGAACGAAGGUGUGCCAACACCCUUUGGGGUGAGGAACAUAUACACACCUCGACAAGGGCAUUCUGUUAUGGACCUGUCCAACUUUCAGCAGGGAGGCAGAUAUGUGGUCGGUGGCAGGGAAAGGUUUAGGAAGCUGAAUUAUUUCAAUAUAGGAGCAAAGAAACCUGAAAGAAAGAAGAGAGAUGAGGUGAUUCGGCCAGUAGUCCACAGUAAUAUACAAGUACCUUCCAAAUGGCAAUCAAGCGGUAAAAAGCCACUAAAUAUUAAUGUUUUCACAAAUGGAGAUAUGUUGAUAACACCUGUGAAAAUUCUCAUUCCCAAGUUUACACUGAAAAGUUGGAAUGGUGUCCUUGGACUGAUAAAUGAAAAAGUAUUUUCUCGCUCUGGGGGUAUUCAUAGGCUCUAUACUUUAAAUGGCCAGCGUGUACAAGGGUCUAAUGAUUUUGAACAUAACCAAUUUUAUGUUGGAUGUGGUAAAGAAAGAUUUCAGCCCAUGCCAUAUUGGCAGCACCCUAAAGUUCCAGAAGAUAUUCGGCGGAAUUUUUCUAACUCAGAUGGACCUCCAGAAAAGCCCCCUCCAAAAAAGCCUCCCAUGGAACCAUCAAAACGAGAAGGCAGCAUGCAGCCUCCUGUACAACCAUCAAAACGAGAAGGCAGCAUGCAGCCUCCUGUACAACCAUCAAAACGAGAAGGCAGCAUGCAGCCUCCUGUACAACCAUCAAAACGAGGAGCAGAAGACAGGACUUCAGUUUAUUAUGCAAAACCCGAGAAGGCAAAUCGUGAUGAGACUCCUAGACAUCUGACAUCUGAUGAUGGACAUGGUAUCUAUAAAGCUCAUGAGUUCCCAAAAGAAAUUGAAGAGGCUCGGGAGAUACAAGAAGACAAAAAUGUGCAAGUAGAAAUACCUGUUGACCAGGCUCCUGCUGAGGUUGUCAAUGAUGAGGACAUUUAUUCAAAUGCUGGGAGUAUAGAAGAAGAGGCCGAAGAAGAUUAUGUUGAUGAGAAACCUGAAAAAAAGGAAAAAAGAGGUGUUUUCAAGAAAAUGUUUGGAUUCAUGUUUAAAUCAAAGAAGAAAGAUAAAAAAGAAGAUACACAAGGAGGUUCUACAAAAGGACAAGAUGCAAAAAAAACCAGAAUGAGUUACACUGAGCAAAAUGAAUAUUUCGACGCAUAUGAUUAUGACUGAAGGAACUAUUUUGAACAUCUUGCCAUCUGUUAUAAAGGUUUUUAAUGUUGGAACUCAUGAAACAUCGUGUUUACCACUGGAGAUCUUCUGCACCAUCAUUUAAAUAUAUUUAAAUAAUGACAUCUUUCCAGUGCAAAUAGAAAUGUAAACUUUUAAUUGUGCAUUACGUGUUCCUUAUAUGUUGGUGAAUAUGUACAUACCAUUAUGUUUGGUGAGAAUUAAGAUGUUAAAAUAUUUAGCAAAACUGCCUCAUAUAGAGAUUUUUACUAUACAAGUUGUUGACGAUUAAUUCUCUUCGUAAUUUCCUGAUGAAUUACUCUCUCUGUCUGCCUAAUCAGCAGGCCUGUUGUGAAAUAUAAUUGCACUUGCAAGAAAAUUAGCAUCUCAUGAGAUGAGUAAGUUUGAUGAUUAAAUUUGGUAGAAUGAAGCAAUAACAUUCAAACACUCAAGUAGAAUUGCAUGCUGAUCCCUUUACCGCAAUUUGAUGACCUCUCUAAAGAAUAGAAUAAUGUUUGGGGAAAAAUUCAGUUUGACACAACUCACAACAUAGCAGAGAAAUUUUAAAGUAAGCUAUAUUCUCUUGGAAAAUGAAGGAAUUUCAUCUCAGUUAAAUUAAAAAUACUAGCCUUGAUCUGAGGUCAUCAAAACAUAAUUUAUCAAGUUUUUUAAAAAGCAAAAAUUUCUCAGACCUGAUAAUGAAACAUAUUUGCUGCUAAGUGUAUUACUAAACUGGAUCUGAAGCAUGGUAGCAGCCUUGGCAUUCAUAUCAGUAGGAGAUAAACUUCUGUGCAAGUAACAUGAUCUGUUGUUUUCCCCAUAUAAAGCAUAUAUUUUCCUCCCCAUAUUUUCCUCAACUAUAAGCACUAAUGUUUUUUCUUCCUGUCAUUUUUUAAACAAUAUGCAUUAUUUCUGGACUUGUAACUGUUUUUCCCUACAAAGUACAAAUAUUUGAUGAGGGGCCAACCAAAUCCUAGAUGAGAACCGACAGGCUCAAGACUAAAGAUGUGGAACAGCUUUUGAAACUAUUUCUCAGGCACUCUGUGAAAACUUCCUUGGUAUCUACAGAAUAAAGUG